CCUCCCCCCUUCCCCUCCCUCUCCCCGGUGGUUGCUUCUUCCCCGAUCUUGUUCACUCCAUCCGCCCCUCGCGAUGCUCCCUGCCGGAAAGUCGCUUGCCUGUGGCCGCGGGUGUCAAACCUGCGACUCCGGCGGCCUCUGCCUCCAAUGUCUCGAGGGCUUUGUCCCGGCGGCCGCCGGCCCGGGGGCCGGGCUGCCUGUUUCCGGCGGGCCCUGCAUCGAGGCACACUCCAUGUCGGCAACGGCACUCCACUCCACCCUACUGCUGGCCUUCCUGAUCACCGCGUCGGCUGUCCUGGUCCUCGGCCUGGUGUCCGGGCUGGUGGCAUUCAUCUGUAUUCAGCGCCGGAAACGCCGGGAGCGCAACAGCAAGCGCGAGUUCGAGCGCAUCGCCGCAAAGGCCGACCGUGAUGCGCGUGAGAUGCGCACGCACCGCCGCCUUAGCAGCAUGGCCGAGGCGCAAAUGUCGCCGGACCGCCGGGACCGGCAGGGCACCUUCAUCAUGAGCGACGCCUCAUUGCACUCGCUGCCGGAUGCCAUGCACUCGGGAAUCGAACUGAAGGAGCUGCACUCCAGCGAGUCGGCCUCAUCGGCCGAUGACCACGAUGAUGAGGCUCUCUCGCCGGUUGAGGGUGUCCAGCCGAUGGACAAGGACGCGGCCGACGGUUCCGACACCAGUCUGGCCGCCGGGCCACUGCCAUUCUUCCAAUCGCCGAAUGACCGGCCGCACCAUGCCUUCCACCCGGCGGACCCGGUCUUGCCGGCCUUCCUCCGGCUGGACCCGCGGGAUUCCUUCUCCCUGGGCCGGCCGCUGGCCAUCGGGUCGCAGGGGGCCGUCUAUCGGGCCAACUUAACCAUCCCCGCCAUGCGGGCCCUUUUCAAGACCAGCGCCGUGGUGGUCAAGCGUGCGUGGAUCCACCCGGCCCUGGCGGCCGGCGAGGCGACCGAGCCGCUGGGGCUCCCCCACGCGUCGUUGGUCAUCCGCAGCCCGCGCCUCGAGCCGGACAGCACCUUCGACACGGUGUCCUGGGCCGACUCCGCCGAGCAGAUGGCCCAAAUCCGGGCCAUCUAUAUGCAGGAAAUUGCGGCCAUGUGGUCGCUCGAUCAGCGGCCCAACAUUUCCAAGCUGGUGGGGUACUAUUCGACCGAAUUCGAGGUCGGCAUCGUCAUGCUGGCAUACCACACGGACUUGGCCAGCUAUCUGUUCCCGCCGAGCGCCAGCGAUCCGGCCGGGCGGUUGGUGGACUUGUCGGCGGCCGCCGGGGCGCCCCGGGCCGGGGUCAGCGGCUCGGAAAGCUCGCUCCCCAGCCUGGCGGCCGGCAUGCCCGGGCCGAGUGUCGGACGUGGCGCCCCGCCGCCGCUGUCAAUUAACCAGCUGCUGGCGGAGCUGGAGUCGGUCGGGCCGGCGAGCCCGGGUGGCUCUUCGGCCACGGGUGCCGGGGCGGGUGGCCCGGCAGCCGGCGGGUCAUCCACGGCCGCGCACCAUGAGCCCACCGCGUCCGGGGGGUCGGGUCGCGCGAUCACCGGCCAAACCAUGCCGCUGUACACGCCGAUCCUCGGCCCGGCGGCCGGGGGAUCCGGCAAUGCGGCCCCCGGCGCGGCGGCACACCUUCCCCUUCCGUCGCCCGGUCGGCGGGGCAGUUCCAGCAGUGGCCCCGGGCCGGCGGCCACCGUGGGCGGGGUGACGGCCGGGGCGCCGCCACUUUCCCCGGGCGCCGGCGGGACGGCCCCCGGCAUCCGGGCAUCCUCCCCCCCGGCCGGGGGGCCCGGCUCGGCGGGAGCUCGGCGCAUGCUUUCCUCGCACUCGACCUCCUCGCUGCCCAGCCCGACGGUCACCUCGCUGUCGACUCCCCUGCCGCCGAUCGCCGAGCGUGGGCUUCACCGGGCCUCCGGGCUGUUCCAUCAUCUUCACCCGCAGCAGCUGCAGGGGGCCAUGUCCGCUUCGGAGUCGCUGUCUUCCAUGGGCAGCGCCAGCAUCGGGGGCGGCCUGACGCAUGUCGGAGCGCCGGUCCAUCCGCUGGGCGUGGUCCCGAGCUCCGGCGGGCUGGAUCUAUCGCAGAUUGCCUCCUUCAGCCUGGAGCAGGUGGUCAUCCUGGCCUUUGACAUCGCCCGCGGGCUGGAGGCCAUCCAUGCGGCGGGCUUCGCCCAUGGGGACCUGGCCGCCGACAAUAUCUACCUCUCGGCGCCCUUCUUCCCGGUGUUGCACUCGCCGGAGGGGGGCAGUCGCCAGGGCGGCUCCAGCGCCGGCGGCGGCGGGCACUCCUCCUCCUCUCGGAGCCGGUGCAAUAGCUUCGACGGGUUUGCGCCGAUCGCCACCUCCUCCUCGGCCAGCAGCGUGGCCUCUUCCUUUGCCACUUCCGGCUCCGGGGGCUUUGCCUCGAUGGAUGACGAUCCGAAUGCCCCGGAGCAGGUGUUCUGCGAUCAAUUUGGCCGGCCGUAUUACCGGGCGGUGGUCGGGGACUUGGGAGCCGUGCGCCGGACCUUCCGGAGCUCCACCAGCACCGGGUCCCUGGCCUCGCACCUGUCCGGCGACAGCGAUAUCCGCAUCGCGGUGGAGCAGCCACUGGAGGUCAUUGUGGCCGGGUUCCUGCCGCGCUAUGCCGCGCCGGAGCACUGGCGCAACACCCCGACCGCGCCGCUCCCCUCGACCCUGGCCCCAGAUGCCGAUGUCUACGCCUUCGGUAUCCUCCUGUGGGAGCUGCUCACCAGCCGGCCGGCGUGGGAGGGCCUCAGCUCGGCCCAGAUCCGCGAGAGGGUCCUUCGUGGCGACCGGCCCCGGGCGUCCUUUGUGUUUCCCGCGUCGCCGGUGCGCACGCGCCUCCUGGGUCUUGUGCACGUGUGCUGCGAGGGCGACGGCCGGCUGCCGGCGGCGGCGGCGGCCGAUCUGCCGGACCUGGAGAAGGGCACCGGGGGCCUGUCGCGCUCGGCCCGGGUACCUAUGGCCCGCGUGCUGCGCGAAUGCGAAGACAUCAUGGCACUGGUCUUCUGACGGGCACCCGGUCCGCCUGUCGGAGGCGAGCCCGCGGUGGUCGCUCUCCUCGUCACCCAUCCGGCUGUUGCGAUGGGUUCCCCCCCCCCCCCCCCUCCCUCUC